AGCCUGCUCGCGACGGGCAGUCCGCCUUCAUCACGACGAAUCGCGCCCACGACGUCAAGUAUAAAACUGCUGUCGAACCCCCACGAUCACCACCACUUGGAUUCACACAGCAUCAGCUUCAUUACUCAGUCACUCCUUGCCUCAACCACCACUCCUUCUCCCAACCAGCUUCUCAGCGCAACAAAGCAGCCGCCAAACACCCUCCUUUCAAAACAAACCCCAAACCCCACCAGCAAAAAUGGUUUCCUUCACCCAAACCGUCCUGGCUGCUGCCACUCUUGCCUCCGCCGCCACCGCCUACUCCGGCCAGGCCACCUGGUAUGAGCCCGGCCUCGGUGCCUGCGGCCGCACCAACAACCGCAACGACCUGAUCGCCGCCAUCGCCCCGAGCUUCUUCACUCACCCCAACCCCAACCUCGACUCCAUCUGCGGCCGCAAGGCCAAGGUCACCCGCGGCAGCAAGACCGUCGUUGUCACCAUCGUCGAUAAGUGCAUGAGCUGCCCCCAGGGAAACAUUGACCUCUCCCCCGCGGCCUUCCAGCAGAUCGGAAACCUCGACGAGGGCCGCGUCAGCACCAGCUGGGUUUUCGUCUAAGCGGGCUGAACUGACAAUUUCGCCCGGGAUUUUGGAAAGCGAACACCUAAGAGGGAUGCCGGUGAGCAAGGCGGAAUGGAGUGUGGUGCCGGGGGCGAACCACAGAGAAGAAAACGUUGUUGGAUGUUGAUUGUGGGAGAAAAGGUCGAGGAGGAGUCUUGACUAUGGUGGUGCCAUGUGUCCAUCACUGGCCGUUUUCCUU